AGCAUCGGCCGGACCGGAUCCAAGAAUCGACCCGAACCAACCGAACGGCGAACGGGCGAUGGCGGCCGCGUCCACGUCACCCCUCCCCAUGUCCCACGGCCACCGCCUUUUUCCCCAAUCCCUCACGGGCGGCCGGCCGGCCUCCGUCGUCUUCCACGCUCUCCGUCCUAUGGCCUGUGCCGCUGCCGCCCUCCUCCCCAACGCCCCGGCCCCAUGUCUCCCCCGCACCUGCCCCUCGCGGCCGCCGCAGCCACCUCGGCGGCCGUCGGCGUAGCGCUCAGCAUCCGCCUGCUGCUCCUCCUCUCCCGCUCGCGCGCGCUCAAGCCGCUCGCCGCCACCACCUCCGCCGCCGCGGCCGCCCUCAGAACCCCGCGCCUCCUCGCGGCCGCCUCCUCCCCGCUCGCGGCCCUCCUCGCGGCCUCCAAGGCCGCCUCCAAGUCCUACAAGGCGGCGCGCGCGCUCGACCCGGCCGCGCGCCUCCCGCGCCUGCCCUCCUCCAAGCGCGUCAAGGCCGCCUUCGCCGCCGCGUCCCUCCUCCGCCUCGCCGCCGCCGCGCCGCUCCUCGCCGCCGCCCCCUCCCCCACCGCCUUCGCGGCCCUCGCGGUCCUCAAGUCAGGGUACAAGCUCUCCAAGAACUCCGCCAAGGUCGUCGAGGGCUUCCUCGGCCUCCAGGUCCACAAGGGCUUCCGCAACGGGGUCGACGCGCUCGGGGUCGUCGUCAAGGUCGCCGUCAUCGCCUCCGAGCUCGCCGUAUGGGUCGGCGCCCGAUUCUGGACCGGCGAUGGACGCGGCCCCUGCGUUCGUUUCCUUGGCCUCGCCAGGCCGCCCGGUAGCCUCGUCCUAGUCUGCUCCACAUCAUCAUCAACUCAUCAACACCAGGUUGUGCUCUUCGAUCCUGGAACCAUCGACAUCCAUGAAGAGGACUGCUGGUUCGACGACGACUACCCACAGGAGGAGCCCUCGGGAUUGCUGUGCCUCGCGGUGCCCCUGCCUGACAUGGCAAAACUAGUAGCUGCGACUUCAUGGGUUUUCAGGUUUAGUAAGCCCUAGUUUGGGAAUUUGGUGUUGAUUGUGCCAAUGCUACCAGAUUCCGUAUGUCAAAUUUAUUUGGUGCUCAUGGUACUUCACUUCAGCUUUAGGUAUCCGAUUUCUUUAUUCUUCAGUCUGGAACUUUCUGUCAGAAUGGAACAACUAUUGAACAUUUGCAUUACGAUUUUCCCUUUUAACAUCUGUAGAAACCAACCAAGUGAAACUCUUAUGUUUGGAACUUUGGAUUGGCUAGGAUUUCUCAGCACACAUUCAUUGUUUACCAUAUAUGUACAUUCUGUAGGAAGUCAAAGUUUGGCUUGGCGAAUUGAUCCACUGAUUCAGGCUCUCUUUUAGAUGCACGUUCAUACUUUAUGUAUGGCAAAUAGUUAAAACCGUGCAUAAAUAAUGCACAUUGUUGUGUGUUCUUUAUGCCACCCUUGAAAUCAGUUAGCACUGUUUUCUAGCUAGGACAUGUUUCUGUAAUCAUAACUGCAAUAUCCAAAUGUUUAACAAUCUACUUUUAGUUUGGGACUGUGCAAUAUGCCAUGUAUAACGGGGGUCUAGGAUGAAGGCGGUGACCCUUGUGUUGGUAAGAAAAGAAGUUGAGAACUGGCAAAAGCCUUCAAGGUUGUUCUAAUCCGACUUCAUUCCUAUCGCUCGGGGAUAGCUUGAACCCAAGUCCUACAGUGAUGGAUAUAAGCGCAAUUGAAAUUCCUGGGAAGUUAUACAUUUGUGUAUGUUUCCAGCGUUCAUAGAUAAUUUUUCCGCCGCCUGGUAUUUUUCUCAUUUUGUGCAGUGCUCUUGGUGGUUAGAAUGGAAUUGGCCAUUUUCUCUAGUAAUUAAAAACUGUAUGGUUCUACACCAAUUUUAACUUCUACUUAUAAAUCAGGCGAAUCAAAAAGUACUGUGUGUGUCCUGCAUUUCUGCUAUCCAGCGGUUACGUUGCUUCGGCACCCACAUUCGGCGUGCAAAUGGUCUGUGAUGUACCAAUUGUGAGCAACAUAAUCUUGUUGCAUUGUGGUCUGGUUGACCUUAUGCAAACCCCUGAAAUGUCUUGCUCUUGCCUACCUCCAGUAACAUAUCUCUGUUUAUAACUAUACAUAUAUGAUUACACCAGUUGAAAUACCAGAAGUUUGUGACCUGCUAUUCUCAUUUAUAUUACUGAUGUUUGGUACUCCCUCUGUCCCAUAAUAUAAGAUGUUAUUACAACCAAUAUAGGAGCAUAUUGUUUGUAAUAGCAUCUUAUAUCAUGGGACGGAGGCAGCACCGGUCUACUGGAUUCUAAUUUGUGAAUCUUCUUAACGCUGGGCCAAAUGUUAGAAAUCUCUUAGUAGUUAGUACUGGAGUGUAAUUCUCAUUUUGUAGAUUUUCAUUUACCAUUCAGCUUUAAGAUAACAUGCUGUCUAUUUGCAAAAUUUCCUUACUCAUCUUUAUGGCCCGCAUAUACUUUAUGUAGACCAAUUGGGAAGACCUUAGUAUGAUGAAUAAUUUGGGUAACUCUUGAUUAUGAAGAGGACACAGUUCCAUUCAAACCACUGUUCUGGAGACUCUAACUAUCACGUUCACUGGUAAGAAUUGCAAAAAGUGAGAAUAGAUUGAUACAACACCAAGUCUUUGAUAACUUGAACUAAAAGCAUUUCUUCCGUGACAGAACUUCUAAAGCUGUAGUCUUAUUUUACUGGGAUCAAGGGAAAGGAAAACUGUGGACUAUGGUUCACAACUGAAAACAAAACAUGAACUUUUGUUUGUGCGGCUGUGGUAAUCAUAUCCAUGAUUCAAUUGUACAGUUAUUAUACUUGUAGCUGUAGGAGUUUAUCCCACUCAAAUGAGCCAGAAUAUCGGAUGAAUCAAGUAUGUCUUCUUCAUCUGCACCCCCCUGAAAAAUGCAAGCAGAUAACUUGAUUUAGGAAAGUACAUGAUUUCUUAUACAUAGAAUUAUGAUACAUUUUUUAAUAAAUCUCAUCUUGUCCCUAAGACUAGCUAAUCAACAGACAAGGGUUCUGCACUUAAGUAAUGUAAAAUAUGACUAGAUGAGUAUAUGAUCAUAUUUUAAUUUUAUGCAUUGUUCGAUCAUGUAGUAUCGUUUCCCUUAACAUUUAUUGGCUGAAGCUGUUUUCGCCUAAAUUGGGGUGCUCCUGAUUGGACUGUAAUAAACUGGAAAACUUACACUCUGCUCAUACUGUUCGUGAUUUUGAUAGCUUGAUCUUGUUGCUUCACAAAGUUCCUCGUUCUUUGCAAACCUUCCACGGACACGGGGCCUGCUAUCUGCUAAAGUUUUUCUGCAAGCAUACUGCAUUUUGUUGCGUGUCAUUAGAAUUGAAUUGGUAAGAUGCCUAUGGAAGUAGUGCUUUGUCCAGAAUGCUUUGUAUUACCUUUAUCUUUUUGUUGAAAUUCCUCUCGUUCCUUUUCUUUAUGUACCUGUCGAUCUUCUCCUUUCUCUGUUCAGCUGAUAAACGCACAACUUUGAAUGUGGAAUCUUCUAAGCCUGAAACUUCAGUUGGAGGUAAUGUUGGUGGGCUUCCGUUGCAUCCGCUUACCAGGUGCUGGUUGUUUUCUUCCAUCUGUUUAAUUAAAUUAUAGGGUUAGAGGCCGAAGAGAUUUCAAAUGCUACCUUUGUCCACAAAAGGAUGUUGCAAGUUUGUCUACAUUUAGAUGUGUCUAGACACUCUUUAGUGUACUCCGACAUCCUUUUAUGGAUGGAGGGAGUAUCAUUUUGUAAUCUAAUUCUUGACUUAAGCGCUAUAUUUACGAGGGUUGCAUGAAAGUAUAUUUGCUUAUUUAGUACUACUGUGGGUGGUUAAGCAGUUCAAUUAGUUAAUUGUUAGGUUCCCGGUAUUACCUGCAUCUCCAAAGUGUUAUUAUAUGUUCCUUGCAUGGAAUCUGUGCCGGCAUAUGUUCUGGUCAGUCCUUCACCUUCCAUCAUCCUCUGGUACUCACCAAUCUCAUUCAUAUCCAGCACCACCAUACCAUUGCUAUUAGCACUACUACCAUUGAAGAAUCCUACUUGUGAUGCCUCCGCAUUGCAACUCGGGAUCAUUGUUCCUGUUUGCUGAUAUAUGGCACCAUCCAGGCUCAUGUAACCUGCAGCUAGUGCAGCCGUGAAGCACUCUUCAUUGAACCCUAACAUAGGUGCAGUCAUGCCCAUUUGCAUUGUUGGCAAGGGUUCAGCUAUACUCUCGGGAAACUGUAUAUGGCUGAAUUGCUCUACACUGGCCUCUCCGGUCGUAGCUUGAUAGCAUCCUGGUGCUACAAGUGUCUCAUUGAUUGGGGGAACGAGCUCAGUAUCAGGGUCAGGGUUUUGCUCUUCCUCAAGUAGGGCUGAGAGAGUGGAGUCAAAGCAGGGUAAUGGGGAGAAGGUCGUUGCGGCAGCAGCUGUGAUGUCAUCGCUGUAGCUGCAGAGAGGAGGGGUGGCAGUGGAGGAGGACGAAACAUCCUCAGAGGAGGCUCCAAAUGGAUCGGAGGUAGAGGCAACUGCAGCAAAGAGAUUAUCAUCCAGGCCGUCGUCACAGAAGUCAAGUAUGUGAGCAGCUAUGGGGCUUGAGAUGCCCUCCUGCAAAUUUCAGAGGGAAAAGAACAUGUAGGCACAAAUGGCCUAUGAAGCAAUGCCAUCUCAGUUACAAUCCAAAGAGCAAGUAUCAACAACAUACCAGGAAGAUGACAGCAUGAAGCAUUUUCAGAAGAAUCAAAGACAAGAACAUUUUGACUCGGAGCAUUCUUGCUGCACAAAAGAAAAAUCAAGCAAUGUAUUGUGUUGCAGAAUUAAUUACGGUAAUGCAAUCGUCGUCGGGCAGCAUGAUCCGUCCUGAACAGCGAUGAUCGGAUUGCUUUGCACCUUGGCUUGCUGCACACAGUUUCUCCAAGGUGUUCUUGGUCCUUGAUUAGCGAAAUGAUUCUGGCCGGGGCUGUGAAAGCUUGGGAUCACGCGAAGGUGAGGAAGAUGGGUUAUGAGAAGAGGAGACAGAAGUCUGUUUACCCAUGCAGAUGCGGUGAUGACCUUUUAUAAGGUGGCGUCCAUGCAGGUCAGACUCCGGAGAUUUCUGUGCUACAGAUGCUAUUCUUGUGCGGGGUGUCUUAUUUCUGGAAAAACGGCUGGGAUAGUAUUGGUUAUAUGUCGACAAUUGAUGAACUUUGCAUGGUGGUUGUCUGAUUUUAGUCAUUUGACCGUAUGAUUCAUGCAUCCUUGUCAUGCAAAACUAUGCUUACCAAAGAUGGCCGAGACUCGUACAUAUACACUAUAUACUUCUGUAUAUAUGAUUGGUGAAUGUCAUCAUCUUUUUAUUA